CUUGGCUGAUGAGAAAAUUACUGAGAGAAAAGGAAAAAGGGGGAACUUUUCGCAUUGUGACUUGAAUUUUUUGACCACUUAACUCAACUCAGCUGACCCUUGUAUCUGCAUAGGAAAUUAUAUAUUCUAACCCCAUUGCAAAGUAAAACUAUUGGUGAUAUACAAACUCCAAAGGGCCUUUGCUUUGCUAUCUUUCGAUGUUGUUACAGAACAAUGCAUUUAAAAUUCUUCAUGUGCAUAGACAUCAAGUAGCUUCAAGACUCUUAAGCAAAUAUCACUUUCUGUUGAGAAAGACACACUGUACCUAUCACUCAUCAACCAACCACACACAUGUGAAUCUCCUCACAAUUGCCUCAAACUCCAAAUCUCUGCGCCAAACUAAACAAGUCCAUGCCUUUGCACUCCACAAUGGAUUUCUUCCUGGAAGUGUUUCUCUCUGUGCCUCUUUGAUCGUCCGCUAUGCUGCUUUCCAAGAAUCCAAUGCUUGUUUCCUUCUCUUUGAACAGACUAUUAGUUAUUGCCACACUGCAUUUCUGUGGAAUACUUUCAUUCGGGCUUUAUUGGUUGCCCGUGUUCAUGAUGGUUUUGUUACCUAUAAUCGAAUGGUUAGGACCAGAGUUCCGCUUGAUAACCAUACCUUCCCUUUUGUUCUCAAGGCAUGUGCUGAUAAUUUGGAACUCCAAAAGGGUAUGGAGAUUCAUGGGCAUCUGUUCAAACUUGGUUUUGAAAUGGAUGUUUUUGUAGGUAAUACCCUGUUGUUGUUUUAUGGUAAUUGUGGGCUUUUGGAAAAUGUUAGGAGUGUGUUUGAUGAAAUGCGUGAGAGAGAUAUUGUUUCCUGGAAUACAAUUAUAGGAUUACUUUCGGUUAAUGGCUGUUAUGUGGAGGCGCUUGAUUUAUAUUGUGAUAUGAUUUUAAGGUCUGGGUUUAAACCAAACUCAGUUACUGUUGUUAGUAUUUUGCCAGUUUGCGGGAGCCUUGCAAAUGAGGUCAUGGCAAGGCAGAUUCAUUGUUUUGUUGUGAAGGUUGGGUUGGGUGUUCAGGUGACUACCAGUAAUGCACUGGUUGAUGUGUAUGGUAAAUGUGGAAAUAUGAUGGCUUCAAGGCAAGUUUUUGAUGAAAUGGUAGACAGGAACGAAGUUUCCUGGAAUGCCAUAAUUGCUAGUCUUGCUCAUACUGGGUGUAACAAGGAUGCAUUAAAUAUGUUUAGGCUGAUGAUUUGUGCUGGGCUGACACCAAACUCUAUUGCCUUAUCUAGUAUUUUACCUGUAUUGGUUGAAGAAGAAUUAUUUGGGUUAGGAAAGGAAAUCCAUGGGUUCUGUUUAAGAAUGGGCAUUGAAUCUGAUGUGUUUGUUGCCAACUCAAUGAUUGAUAUGUAUGCAAAAUCAGGCCAUCAAUCUGAAGCUUCCUCUGUGUUUCACAAUAUGCUUGUAAAGAACGUUGUUACUUGGAAUGCCAUGAUUGAUAAUUUUACUCAAAACGGGCAAGAAUUAGCAGCUCUAGAGCUAUUAAGAGCAAUGUCAGUACAUAACGAGAUACCUAAUUCUGUCACUUUGACGAAUGUUCUUCCAGCUUGUGCACGAGUUGGUUUCCUUCGUCCAGGAAAAGAAAUCCAUGCAGUGACCAUCCGUAUGGGGUUCAACCUUGAUCUUUUUGUAACCAAUGCUCUGACAGACAUGUAUGCAAAAUGUGGCUGCUUAGAUCUGGCUCAAAGUGUUUUUGACAUAUCCUUGAUUGCUCAAAAUCUUUGA